AGGCUGGGGGAAGCCCGGGGUCUGGAAGCGGGGGGGGGGGGGCGGACGGAGAAGCGGGCAGGGGCGCGCAGAUGCUCCGAGGAGGGGCCGGUUGCUGUGGCAACCAGGCCUGUGGCCUCGGUGAUGCUCAGUGGCCGGGCGCCGGAGUCGUGCUGAGAAGGGGCUCCGCUUCACCGGCGGCGGCGGCUGCUGCGCCUGCCUAGCCGCGCAGGCUGGCAGGAAAGACACAAGGCGAGUGGCCGGGCGGCUGCAGAGGCCCGCCCGUGGAGCUGGUGGCCAGCGCGCCGGCGAGGAAUGGCGGAGGCUUCGUCUGGGGGGACGCCGGUGGCCGGCUGCCAGGAAAGGGGGCGGCCCCGCCCGGCGGGCCGGAGCUAAUGGAGAAGCAGCCGCGCUCCAGACGGGGACGGCGCACGGAACGCACAGCCCCGAGAAGCCGGUGCUCAGCUCCGCGACGCCCAGGGGAGGCUCGGCAGCAGCGGGAGGGAAAUGCGUGGCCGGCGGCCCGGCAGACCCUGGCUUUCAUUGUGCCGCCGGCAGGGCGGAGGGAGACGAAGGCCAAGUUAAGGGCGGCUUUGGGACGGGGCUCCGGCGCAGCAGCAGCAGCGGCGGCGGCGGCGGCACGUUCUCAAGCGGGGUGCCCGAGUCCCUCCGGCGGCUCGGCCCGGCCUCCCUCGGGGUGGGUUUCUCCGUCCCUUGAUGGGACCCCCCCCACUGCCCCCUCUGCUCGCCGCCCCGCCCCGCCCCGCCCCGCCCCGCUCUCUCGGGGGCUUCGGCACGACACAGGCACGGCGAUGAACUCGGUCCUGACCAAGUCCGGGUCGCCCCCUCGCAGCUGGCUCCACUUGCGCUUAGGGACAAGCGAGCGGACGGUGGCCGAGGAGAAGCUCCCGCAGCAGCAGCCCUGCCAGCAGCCCAACUGCGCGGACAAGCGGAGAGCUGUCAAGGUAUGCCAUCACGCCGAGUGCCAGCAGCUGAACCACAACAGCCCCCUCCACUUGUGUGAGACGUGUGACGGACGCUUCCACAGCGCCAUGCACUUUGACGGCCACAUCCGCUUUGACCUGCCGCCGCAAGGUGAUGGAGGCCAGGCUGUGCCGUGGGGCCCCAUCCUGGCACGGAAUGUCUCCACGCGGUCAUGUCCGCCACGGACCAGCCCCGCCUCGGACGUGGAAGAGGACGACGACGGGCUGAUGGAUGGGAAGGGGGACAGGAAGAGCUCAGCCCUGAAGUUGCCCAAGAAGAAGGCCAGGAGGAGGCACACCGACGACCCCAGCAAGGAAUGCUUCACCUUGAAGUUUGAUUUGAACGUGGACAUCGAGAUGGAGAUUGUGCCAGCCAUGAAGAAGAAGUCCCUGGGGGAGGUGUUGCUGCCGGUGUUCGAGAGGAAAGGCAUCGACCUGUCCAAAGUGGACAUCUACUUGGAUCAGUCCAACACCCCGCUCUCGCUGAACUUCGAGGCCUACCGGUUUGGGGGACAUUACUUGCGUGUGAAAGCCAAGCCUGGGGACGAGCUCAAAGUGGAACAGGCGGUGAAAGACUUCAAGUCGCUCAGCUUGCCCACCCUGCGGCCCCCAGGCCUCGGCUCGGUCUUCCCCUGCACCCCCUCCCUGGAUCGGCUAGAGCAGCUCUCGCUUCGCCGGGAAAGCAGCGACAUCCUGGCCCCCGGGAGGCAGAGGAAGAACAUGAAUGAGUUUCUGGGCGACUCCAACAUCCCCAGCCAGGACCCGCUGCAGAACCUGGGCGCCCCCUUGGCCAGCAACGGCAUCGACACCUGGAAGAACCGGGCCGCCAGUCGCUUCAGCGGCUUCUUUGGUUCUGGCGGCAGCGCCGGGUCCUUCUCACGGGAGAUGGACAAGACGGAGCAGCUGGAGAGCAGGCUGCACAGCUACGGCCUCUUUGGGCUGCCCAAGUUCCCCCAGCAGCUCCGCUUCGACCAGGAUUCCUGGGAGGAGGAAGAGGACGAUGACGCCACCCUGUGCCUGGAAGACAGCUGGCAGGAGAUCAUCGAGGGCACGGAGGCUCUGACCCGCCGGCAGUGCCACCAGCAGGAGGCGAUCUGGGAGCUGCUGCACACGGAGGCCUCCUACAUCAAGAAGCUGAAAGUCAUCACGGACCUCUUCCUGUGCUGCCUGUUGAACCUGCAGGAGUCCGGACUGUUAUGCGAGGUGGAAGCAGAGCGCCUCUUCAGCAACAUCCAGGAGAUCAUCCAGCUGCACCGUGCUCUCUGGCGAAGCGUCAUGGCGCCCGUGUUGGACAAGGCUAGGGCCAGCCGGGCCUUGCUGGACCCCACAGACUUCUUCAAGGGAUUCAAGAUGUUCGGCUCCCUCUUCAAGCCCUACAUCCGUUACUGCAUGGAAGAGGAAGGAUGCAUGGAGUACAUGCGCAACUUGCUGCGGGAGAACGAGCUCUUCCGCAUCUACGUCACGUGGGCGGAAAAGCACAGGCAGUGCAACCGGCUGAAGCUGAGCGACAUGUUGGUGAAGCCCCACCAGCGCCUCACCAAGUACCCGCUGCUGCUCAAGUCGGUGCUCAAGAAGACGGAGGAGCCGCUCACCCGGGAGGCCAUUGUCACCAUGAUCAGCUCGGUGGAGCGCUUCAUCAACCACGUGAACUCGCGCAUGCGGCAGCGCCAAGAGCAGCAGCGCCUGGCCACCAUCGUGAGCCGCAUCGAUGCCUAUGAGGUGGAGGGCAGCACCGACGAGGUGGACAAGAUCCUGAAGGAGUUCUUGCGCCUGGACCUGACGGCCCCCAUCCCGGGGACGUCCCCCGAGGAGACGCGGCAGCUUCUGCUGGAGGGAAGUCUGAAAAUGAAAGAAGGCAAGGAGAGCAAGAUGGACGUCUACUGCUUCCUGUUCACGGAUCUCUUCCUCAUCACCAAGCCGGUGAAGAAGGCCGAACGCGCCAAGGUGAUCCGCCAGCCACUGCUCGUUGACCGGGUGGUGUGCCGUGAUCUCAAGGACCCAGGUUCCUUCCUGCUGAUCUAUCUCAAUGAGUUCCGCAGUGCUGUGUGUGCCUACACCUUCCAGGCCAGCGGGCAGUCUCUGUGCAGGAGCUGGGUGGAAGCCCUCUACAACGCCCAGAACAUGCUCCAACGCCUGCGUCUCCAAGAGCACCAGCGCAGUCAACAGCUGCAGAGCCUAGAAGAGGAGGAGGAGGAGGAAGAGGAGGAAGAGGAUGGCGAGAGCAGCACUUCAGGGGCGAGCUCCCCCACGAUCCUUCGUAAGAGCACCAACAGCUUGGAUUCGCAGCAAUGCCUCUCUGACGGCUCCACCGAGACCAUCUCCGUGGUGGUGGUCGAUGCCAGCGAGGGGCCCCCUUCGCCGGACUUGGAGGCCGGCCCGUUCAGCUCCCAGUCGGACGAGGCCUCCGUCAGCAGCACCACCACGGCCUCCUCCACGCCCCCCACCCUGGAGCUGGGCGAGGCCCUCCCUGCCAGCGCCAGCCACUGCCUGAAGCCAGAUGCCGCCGCCGCCGCCUGCCGGUCCGCCUCCAUCGACAGCGCCUACGGGACCCUUUCGCCCACCUCCAUCCAGGAGUUUGCAGAGCAGCAGCACCGGCAGCAGCAGCAGGCGGCGGCGGCGGAGGAGGAGGAGGCCGCGGAAGGGCAGGACUGUGCAGCUUCCCCCUGCCAGCGGGCCGGCUCCCCGAAGCUGCGCAGACAGACGCCCGUCCAGCUGCUCCCCGCCAAGACCAAGGUGCUGAAAUCCAAAUCGGAGGCCAACCUCUUGCAGCUCCUGCCCGCCUCCCUGGAGCUGCAGCUGAGCCAGAGCCGGAGCCUCUCGGAACUCUGCCCGGCCGUCUUCCUCUUUGGCUCACCGAGGACUAGCGGCUCCCGAAGCCGGCGGGCCGGCAAGGCGGGCGGCCCCGGCCCCUCCAGCAGCAGCAGCAACAACAGCAGCACCUCGGAGCUGUCGGAGGGCGAGGAGCCGUCUCUGCCCGCCGGGGUCCGCGUCUCCCCGGGGCUGGCCGCCCCCUCGGAAGGGCCGCAGCCCCCGUGCCGGCUGACCGGCGGGCACCGCGGAGCAGCAGCAGCAGCCCUGCCCUCUGCCCACCGGACCCUCUCCGACCCCCAGGCAAUCCAGCACCGCAAGCUGACGCUGGCCCAGCUUUACCGCAUCCGCACGACGCUGCUCCUCAACUCCACGCUGACUGCCUCGGAGGUAUGAAGUCAUCGGGGGAAGGACAGAGCGCAAGAGACACACUGCGUGUUCUGGCACCAGGAGUCCCACGUAUCUUUCCAUGAUGUAGCAUCACAAGCCUCAGGCACCGGAGAAACCCGCCUGCCUGCGCCUUGUGCGACGAUGCGCCAAGCAGCAGCGCAGGAGCACGGGGGCGGGGCAAGGAGAAGGCCCGCCCUCUGGCAAGCGGUGUCUGCGCCUGCACGGGGACCUGGUGGGCAUGCACGUCUCUGUAUCUGUGUGUGUGUGUGUGCGUGUGUGUGUGUACAGAGUCUGUGCAUAUGUGGCAACUGCACACACCACUCCUUGGGCGCCAGGGUGCGAGGAGCAGCAUGCUGGCACAGACAGCGAAACGAGCGGUCCGUGACAAGCAAGGCCUCCUGGGUGCUUUCCAGAUUACCUGCUCAACAGCGGCAAAAUGCUUCGGUUCGGGCGAAUCGCAUUCAAAACAGCACUCCAAAGCGCCCAGCAGGGGGAGCAGUCUCGCAAAAACGAACAACCCGAAAAUACAGCAACCUUUUUACGCUGGACAAACCACGUUCUAGCAAUAACUCGCAGCGAUUAAAUCCGGAACGAGGCAUCCGGAAUGGGAACGGCACCCUGCUGUCAGCGUAGGGACGGCGGUGUCGCCACACAGGAAGUGCGGCAGCACACUUUGGAGAUACGUCGUAAGCCCCGUUGCAGGGUCCAGAAGCCCCCGGCGACCGUGGGGACUCCCCUGGACUCUGUCGGCUGCCCUCCCGCCUGGGCACUUUGUGGAGUUCCAUCCCGGUCCUGAGGGGGGCCAGGCGGCUGCGACAUGGACCUUUCCAGCGCUCUGCAUGGCGGGGUGUUCUCUGGCACGCGGGCCACGUGGCGGCCUUCAUGGGACCCCCAUCGCAAGACCCCCCCUCCCUCCCUUGCUAGCUAAUUGGGGGUGGAAUCCGCCAGGCAGUUCUUCUCCUUGGAAAGGGAUCGGAGUUGGGCAGGUGCACUCCCGGGCGGCCUCGCCUCACAGCCUGGCUGGGCCGCUUUGCACCGCUAGCAGCAUCUGGAGGGAGAGCCGCUGGGCUGCCCCUUUCUGCAGCCGACUCUGCUCCCCCCUUCCGGUGGAGGCUUCUGCAGCCAGGCCAGGGUGUAUCGGCUGGGGGUGUCCAGGUGGAGAGGGGCACCCGGCAGCCUUGGCCAUCUUGGCUGAGCGCAGGAAGGCAGGCAGAGCCGCCUGCCUGGCCGGCCGUGGGCGGAACGGCCCUCUAGGCGCUGCGUUGGAGGCCCGGGGUCCGUUUGGCUCCCUUCGGAAGGGCUUCCAUGCCGUGGCACGCACAGUGUGCACAGUGAUGUCUCCAUCCCAUUUCUAAGGGGUGAUGGAGGAGGGAACCGGGAUGUUGCGAAGGAGAGGAGACGGGGACGCUCCCCUGGGCGUGUUGGGAAACAGCAGCUCCGGGGGAGGAGGAGGAGGAGGAGGGUGGCCAAGGGGACGGGGAUCGGGACACUGGGGUGGGGGGGCAGCAGGGAGAUGAAGGGCACUGCCAGGCACCACGCAGUUGGGAAGCCGGAGGUGGAGCCAAGGAGUCCCAGCAGCCGUUUGGAGCAGGAGAGGGGCGGGGCAAUCCCAGGGGCCACUUCUUGCCAUCGUGGCAAAUGUGGGCUCAGGGCCCCACCUGGCUCCAGGCAGGGAACAGGAGGGUGGGGCCGCUGCCCUCCUCUCUAUCCUGUGCUCCGGAAACGCUGCAUCACAAUUGCCCUUCUCGCCCCUAUGCUGGGCAAAGGGAGGACCCCCCCCACUUUCAAUCCCCUUCAGCCUUGUGGUCGUCAGAAGCUGGCAGAUUAUAACCCCCACCCCUUGUGGAACUCCCCGACACAAGAUGGAGACCUUGCAGACUUUGAUGGCUUUAAAGGGGGAUUAGACACAUUCAUGGGGGAGGAGAGGCCUGUUGGCGGUUACUAGACUUGGAGGCUACAGGGCACCUCCGUGUCCAGAGGCCAUUGUGCUGGGCAGGACCCAGAGGGCAGGGCUCUGGCCUUCAUGCCCGGAUGGUGGCCUCCCCAGAAGGAUCUGGUUGACCGCAGCAGGAGGCGGGCUGGGCUGGGCUGGGCUGCUUGUCCUCUCUCUAGGGGGGAAACCAGGCUCUUCCUGGGUUUUUCCACCCCCUGGGAGGAAGAUCCGCAGGAAUCAUUACUGAGUUCACUGGCAUUGGGGGCUGUCCGGUGGAGAGGGAUGCAAGCGGAGGGGGGAGGGAGGGAGGGGGCAACUCUCCAGCCUCCCCCUCCUCAAUUCUGCCCUCCUGUGAAAGGUGAGCCAGCUGGUGUGAGCGUGUGCACGUUGAAAGUUGCAUAUUUAUUAAGUGUAAUUCUCUCCCCUCCUUCCUCUUCCGCGUAUUCUUCUCUGAGUGGGGAGGUGGGGCGUGUUCAUCACCCCCAUCCCUUUUAUACAUACAUAGAGUAUUGAUGUUGGUGCCCCCUCAACCCACCUGGUAUGGGGGGGUGGAUUUGUCGGUUUCCCCAGCCCCCAUCUAAUGCUAAUUUCCUUGCUCUGUGCUGUUGGCAUAACAGACAAACCAUUAAAGAGAGACCAGAUCUCCCAA